AUGGAUGAACGGUGGCGCCACUGGGCGUCGGAACCGCCGCCACUGCUGGGAGGCCCUGGCUGGAGACGGAACGGGCCUCCAGGGCAGGCAGUUCCAUCAGCCAGCCCGAGCAGGCACCCCCCAACGCCCCUGCUGAUGUGGCUCCAGGGGAUGGAAGGACUCCAGCUCACCUUCAGGCGCCCCAAGCUCGGGAGAGGCCUGCAUGAGCACCUAGCUCUCCAGCUCCCCCGCCCGCCGCCCCUUCUUCAGGCUCGGCCCGUCUGCAUCCAACCGGGCAAGCAUCCAUCACUGUUCCAGCCGCCGCCGCCAUCGUCGUCGUCGUCGAUCCAGGCCUGGGCAAGAGCCACCCACCUGCCCAAGUUCUGACCGAUAUACCGCUUCGGGACUCUUCAUCCGCCCGGAGAAAAGCGAGCGACGCACAGCCAUCCGUCGACCAUUUGACCGGGUUUGCCUCCUUUGGCACAGCGCGCGCAAUACACAGACAGACAGACAGACAGACAG